GAGCGGACGGGCCGCGGGUGGGGCCUCGGCGGUUGUUGUCGUCCGGUACCGGAGGAGAAGGUCGCCGCUCGCCGCUCGCACCGCAGGGGCUUGCAGGGCUCCCUCCGCCGCUCGCUCCGUCCCGAGCACCCGGGGGACAUGUCGAGGUGGGCGCAGGCCCGGGGGUCCGGCGCCGGGCGGCGGACGGCGGCCGAGGCACAAGCGCCCUCCUCGAGCUUUCCCCGGAGACUCUUCACGUUACGAGCGGCCCGAGCUUGAAGGCGCUGCCACGGCGAGGAGGCCCCGCCGGGACCGGGAGCGGGGAGAGCCGGAUCCGGAUUCGCAGCAGUGUUACCAGGGAAUCACCGGGAACGUCAGGACAAUGAAGCUGUUGGAGAACUCCAGUUUUGAAGCCAUAAACUCCCAGUUGACCGUGGAGACAGGAGACGCACACAUCAUCGGCCGGAUCGAGAGCUACUCAUGCAAGAUGGCUGGUGAUGACAAGCACAUGUUCAAGCAGUUCUGCCAGGAGGGACAACCGCACGUCCUGGAGGCUCUGUCACCUCCUCAGACCACAGGCAUCAGCCCCAGCAGGCUCAGCAAGAGCCAGAGUGGGGACGAGGAGGGUCCCCUCAGUGACAAGUGCAGCCGCAAGACCCUGUUCUACCUGAUCGCCACCCUCAACGAGUCCUUCCGGCCUGACUACGACUUCAGUGCUGCCAAGAGCCACGAGUUCAGCCGGGAGCCCAGCCUCAACUGGGUGGUGAACGCCGUCAACUGCAGCCUCUUCUCUGCCGUGCGGGAGGACUUCAAGGCACUGAAGCCUCACCUGUGGGAUGCUGUGGAUGAGGAGAUCUGCCUGGCCGAGUGUGACAUCUACAGCUACAACCCUGACCUGGACUCGGACCCAUUUGGGGAGGACGGCAGCCUCUGGUCCUUCAACUACUUCUUCUACAACAAGAGGCUCAAGAGGAUCGUGUUCUUCACCUGCCGCUCCAUCAGUGGGUACACAUACACACGCUCAGAAGCUGGCACUGAGCUGGACAUGGACCUUGGGGAAGGGGACAUGGAGGAGAGCAGGGACACAGGCGACCCCGAGAGCGGCAGCAUCGAGGACGAGAGGUUGCAGGUUAUGUGCAUGUGAUGCCCGGAGCAGCUCCGAGCCCAUCCUCUGCCUGUCCCCCCACCGAAGGAGCCGGCCCCACACCGCCCCAUACCCUGCCCAGCACCGUACACUGGAGACCCGGACACCCUGCGGACACCCCCGUGGGGAGCUCCCUCAAGCUUUGCUGCACUUUAUGCUCCUCUCCUCGGCUGCACUGACCGCAGAGCGCCCGCGGUGCUGGUGCCAGGCAGGAUGGGCCCACAGCACUUGGCCUGGACUGGUUGUGACCCACAGACGCCGUCCGUCCAUGGCCCCAUAUGGACUCCACAGACUGUGCUUGGAGGGGGUCCGUUCAUUCAAGGGGUUGCUUUGCUCCUGCCUGUACCCAUGGCUGCCCCUGGGUGAGUCCCUGCUGGACCUGGCCCCACAGCAGCACCCCCCUCCUAUGGGGCCGGGGGGGGUUAAACCCAACCUGACUUUAGGGGAUGGGGAGGCC